GCUUUCUUUUUCCCUCUUUCUUUUUCUCUUUAUUGGUUUUUCGUUGACGGGUAUGCGGACGGUAGAACCGAUUCUAAACGAUGACCCGUUAUCGUCGAGUGUUACGAAAAGUCAAAGAUGGAGAUAACGCGGUGGAAGAUAGCGUUUGGUUGAACGUCGGUGAUUCGCGUUGUUCCGAUAUCGCUUCCAGUACACGGGGUCAUUGGUCUUCCUUCCUCUUGGUUGCUCAUGACUCGAGGAAGUACGCACGAGAUGUACACGCCCACGCGGUGAAACCAGCGCGAUCGCGUCGUCCCGUAUCGGCUGUUUCCCGAACUAAACCGUUCCUCUCGCCGUGUGUAACCUGCCAUCCUCUAUCUUCUCGAUUCGUUCGAACCCGUGAAAUCACGAUCAUUUACUCGUUGGCUAGUUUUCCCUUUUCUCUCAAAGAUUUCUCUUUAUCGCGGUUUGUCGCGGAAAACUCGAGACGGACACGUGAUUUCAGCGCGGGACGGGGAAUUUGAUAAUUUCGUUGGAUCGGAUCGGAUCGGAUCGGAUGGAAAGGUGUCCUCGGACAGGAUCCGAGACGAGUAAAUCGAACGGGGCAGUACGAGAUAUGCGCUGGAUCGCGUUAAUAUCCCUAGGAUCGCGCAGCGUACCGUGUCCGAUUGCGCUAUCGUCGUUCCCGAUAUGCGUCGGACGGAACAAUUAGGUACGUACUACGGAAUGUCGGACAUGUUCGAAGGAAAAAUAACACGGGCCAGACAGAACUCGAAUGAUCAUUGAAAGGAGAGCGAAGAGACGAACAGAGAAAAUUGCAUGUGUGCGUGCGUGCGAUGGGGGCGAGAGGAAGAGGAGAAGGAGGAGACGCGUGUACAGUCGCGUUUAGUAGAAGACGUGGGUUACAGAAGCGUUGAGAUCGCGUCCGCGUUUACUCAUCUGCCGCAGAAAGAGAUGGCCAGGGAUACGCCAGGUUCGCCAAUGUCCAGACCAAGAGACCUGGUCGGCGGUGUUGGCGGUGCUACGACCACCUUGACAUCCAGCGGCUAUCACGCCGCCUCUGGAGAUCCAGCGAAUCUCCAUGGCCACGUGCUGCAACAAAAGAUACUCGAGUUACAGCAACAUCACCAACUUCAGCAGCAAAUUCUACGUCAGCAGUAUCAGGCGCAAGAACGACAACUGGCCGAACUACACGAGCAACAGAUGCAUCAGCUGAAACUCUGGGAGCAGCAGAAGCAACUGGAAGAGCAAAGGAGAGAAAAAGAGAGACUCGAAGCGCUGAGGAAGAAGGACAAACACGACCAUAGCGCGAUCGCUUCGACGGAGGUGAAGCAACGACUUCAGAGCUUCCUCGUGAACAAGAAGCAAAGGGAGGCCGCGGCCGCAGCAAACGGGGCCGUACCUGGUACACCCGGAUACAGGAGCUGGUUGCAGCCGCAAUCAGCGGAAUCCGCGGGGGCCACGAAUGCUUCGCAUCCCUACCGGAUGCCGCAGAUGCUGCAGGAAAAAUUCGCCGAUGAUUUUCCUCUACGGAAAACAGCCUCGGAGCCGAACCUGCUGAAGGUGCGACUAAAGCAACGCGUGGAGAGGAACAUGGCUGCGUCGAGAAAUUCACCCCUGAUGGCACGUCGGAAGGAUCGCCUGCUGUCGCACCUCAAGCGGAAGUCACUGCUAGCAAAUUCUAGCAGUAAUCCCGAGUCUGGGCCUAAUUCACCGCCGACCGUGAACAACUCUCAAGCGAGUCCCACCGCGGGAGGUAAUACAACGGCGAUUCAAGAGGAAACGGAGAACACCGGUUUCGGUGGGCCAUUGACCAGCAGUAGUCAGCAAGGUAGCCUCUCGGAUCUGUCGCUGUUCAGUUCACCGUCCAUGCCUAACAUCUCGCUGGGACGACCUCACGUUCCAUCCGGUUCUAGCACGACCGGCACGAAAUUGGCAACUGUCUCGGAGGCGGAGGUACGGGCAGCAUUCACCGCGCGAUUGGGGAUGCCGCUCACCGGUCAAAUGUUGCCUGGCACCUUGCCUUUCUAUCCGUCGUUGACGGUGAUCGAAGGAGGAGACGCAACGUCCACGGGUUACGUUCACAAACAGAUGCAAAACAUGGAGCAUCCGUCGUUAACGAAUCGGCAGCAUCCGUCCGCGGUAUAUCACGGUACCGCGACGGCAACACCCAUCACGGACACGCAAGUAGCGCAUGCGAGGCUGCAAAAGGCUGGUCACCGGCCUUUAGGUAGUAGGACUCAAUCCGCGCCGUUGCCUUUGGGUCAUCCGAUGCUACAAGGUGGCAUUAUCACGCCGCAAACCCAUUACGAAGAGUACCUGGCAGAGAAGCAACUGCACGAUCAGCAACAGGCGCACAACUACCUAAAACAGCAGAUUCGUCAAACCGUGCUGACGCGAGUCGGCUCUCGGGGACAAGCGAAUCAGUUGGACGAAGCUCCGGAGACCGAGGAGUCCGAGGUGAUAGAUCUUACCGGAGGGAAGAAGGAUUUGUCGGAGGAGAGCGAGAUUUCGAAACAGCAACGAGAUCGCGAACAGUUUCUUCAGCAGCAGAGAGAUCUCAUGAUGAGACACACCUUGCAGAUCUCGAACGAGUCGUCAACGGCCUAUGGCGGGAGCGGUAGUGGGGCAGUUAGCGGAAGCAGGAGUAACCAGCCGAGUGCCAGACCAUUGUCCAGAGCGCUGUCUAGUCCGUUGGUACACUUGGGUCCUCAGGGAACUCAAGCCACCGGCGAUCUGUUCGCGCGCACUUCUUCCCACCGACCUACUACCGGCUUGGCCUACGAUCCGCUAAUGUUGAAGCAUGCCUGCGUCUGUGGCGAAACAGUUCGAGGUCAUCCUGAACACGGAGGCAGGCUACAGAGCGUUUGGGCACGACUCUCGGAAACCGGCUUGUUACAGCGAUGCGACCGAAUACGUUCGCGCAAAGCCACGCUCGAAGAGAUUCAAACGUGUCACAGCGAGGCUCAUGCUCUUCUCUUUGGAACGAAUCCGAUGAAUCGACAAAAGUUGGACGUGUCGAAGCUCUCUCAACUGCCAAUCAAGAGUUUCGUACGGUUACCCUGCGGUGGAGUAGGCGUUGAUUCCGAUACCACGUGGAACGAACUCAAUACCGCUCCGGCCGCUAGAAUGGCUGUCGGCUGUGUCGUCGAUUUAGCCUUUAAAACCGCCAUGAGUGACAUUAAGAACGGUUUCGCCGUCGUUCGACCGCCUGGACAUCAUGCCGAAACCAAUCAAGCCAUGGGUUUCUGUUUCUUCAACUCGGUCGCAAUCGCUGCGCGAUUGCUUCAGCAAAAGCUCGAUAUUCGAAAAAUCAUGAUCCUGGAUUGGGAUGUUCAUCAUGGGAAUGGAACGCAACAAAUGUUCUAUGACGAUCCACGCGUGCUCUACCUAUCGAUACACAGGCACGACGAAGGCAACUUCUUCCCAGGAACAGGUGGACCUACCGAGUGCGGUGCAGGAGAAGGCUUGGGUUACAACGUGAACGUAGCUUGGUCCGGUGGAUUGAAUCCUCCGAUGGGCGAUGCCGAAUAUUUAGCCGCGUUUCGUACGAUCGUCAUGCCAAUCGCGAAAGCGUUCGAUCCGAGCAUCGUGCUCGUCUCGGCUGGAUUCGAUGCUGCCGUUGGCCACCCCGCGCCUCUCGGAGGUUACAAAGUUAGUCCGGCCUGUUUUGGAAAGAUGACGCAGCAACUGCUCGGGUUGGCGAACGGUAAGGUUGUUCUUGCUCUCGAAGGUGGUUACGAUUUGGCCGCGAUCUGCGAUUCUGCCCAAGAAUGCGUGCGUGCGCUACUUGGAGACGAACCGAGUCAACUUAGGGAAGAGGAAUUGACAAGAACACCUUGUCAAAAUGCUGUCGACACGCUGCAAAAGACUAUCGCUGUGCAGAUGUCGCAUUGGCCUUGCGUCAAGUUGAACGCGCAUACGGCAUCGAUGAGCGCGAUCGAAGCUGGACAGAAAGAACGCGAUGAAACCGAGACGGUCUCCGCGAUGGCCUCCCUAUCGAUGCAGCAGCCUACCAAUUUAACGACUACCCCAGAACAUUCCCGAGAAGUUUCCGAGGAGCCGAUGGAACAGGAUGACGCCAAAUGAAGAAAGACGCAAAGCUGCUCGUCGAUCGUUUUUGGAAAUAGUCACGCGGCUAUCACUGUGUUUGCAUCGUUUCUUUGUUCAACAUGAACGACAAGUGACACGGAACCGCUGUGCUGCGAAUUGCAACAGCUGCUGACACUCUUGUCAUCGCUAUCGCUAUCGUCUUCGCCAUCGUCAUCGUCAUCGUCAUCGUCAUCGUCAUCGUCAUCG